AUGUCUACAGAGUUUUUUUUGCCAUUUGAUACUUCGUAUUUGUUGCUUUCAUUAGGAGACAGUCACAGAAAAUUGAACAUUUUUGAGCAGGACGUCAUAUAUCUACUAGAAAAAAAAGAUAUAAAAAUAAUCAAAACUGUCAACUCAUAUUCUUCAACUGCAAUAUGUAAAAGUGAUAUUUCAUUUGUGUCUAGACAAUAUGAUGGCCGUAUCAAUACUGAUAAGUGGUUUACAGAUAUUCAACAAACACUUUUACAAGCUUGCAAUUCUCCAAUUUUGCUUAUUCUUGCUAUGAAACCAGUCAUUAACAACUCAACAAAAAGUCAUAAAAUGAUGAAGUGCCGGCUUCCGAUAUGGCAACAGAGCAAAAAAAAAACUCAACAAUUUUCAGCUGAUGAUGGCAAAUCUCUUUAA